AUGGCCACCCCCCUCUUCGGCCUCCUCCCAGCAGGCUACCCGGUCAUCACCACGCCCACGCAAACGCCCUCCCCCACGAGCUUCCUGUACGCCUUCCCGCCCACGCGGCCCUUCUCGCACAUCGCCGUCUUCUUCCUCCCCGACGUCCCGCGAGACGACCGCACCGCCGCCGCCAUCUACCUCAUCACCCCGCCCUCCCCCGGCCAGGCCGAGCCCAACCACAAGUUCCUGGGCGGGAUUGGCCAGGGGAAGGAUAGCGCUAUUUUUAAGCUGGGGCCGGCCGGGGCGGCGGCGGGUGGUGGGGGUGCUGGUGGGAAUGGGGCGGGCGGGAACGUGGUGAUUGGGGUGUCGUUGGAGCCGGCGGACGCGGUGGCGGCGAAGAUCAUGGAGCUUUUCGUUCGAGUCGGGUGCUGGUUUCUUCUUCUGCGCUGGUGCGGCAUCAGCAGCAGCCGAUGGCACGGCCGGCCAGGUGGAGGUGGUGCCGUUGAAGGCGUUUGA